AUGGCUCUCAAAGGAUCCUACCCCACGCUCCUGCUGUCCUUUGUCCUGCUGGGGGCUUGGCUAGCUCUGGCCAGUGGGCAGUCCCAGUCCUGGAAUAACGACCGAUUCCUGAGGCGGCACUGGGACAACCCAAAGACCCAAGCCACCACCAACACCACUUACUGUGACCUGCAAACACGUGCUCGGGGAUUAGCCAAGAAGAACAACAUCUUCAUCCACGCGCGCAUUGCAGUCAUCAACAACGUCUGCACUACGGGCGGGAGACCCUCCAUUGGCAACCAACGUCAGAGCAUCCGUCGCUUCAGGCUCACCGUCUGCAAACUUAACGCGGACGGAAGCACUUAUACCGAGACACCCUUAACCCGCCGAAUUGUCGUCUUCUGUAGGAAUAAGCUCCCUGUGCGCCUUGUGCGGAUUGUUAGGUUCCGACCCUCGGUGUAG